UAAGUAAGUAUGCACUUGAGAUAUUAUUGGAUUGCCUGGUAUAUACACGUGAUGGGUGAUAAUGAUAAAUACUUCAUUUCAUUUCAUGAUGUAACGACAAAUCGAUGGAUGGAUGGAUAUGUAUUUUACUUUAAUUUUAUGACGAAUUAUAAAAUUAAGGAUUAAUUGUGUCCCCGUCUUGACGGAGGUGGACACGGUUCAGCUAAUCGUGAAGAGGAUGCUGUACUGUAAAAUGUGGACGCUUUUGACACCUUCGCCGUAAAAAAGGACCUUUUAGCCAUUUGUACAUAAUCCAGUGGGCAGGACAUGCAGGAUUAAUUUCGUGACUUUUGCUCAGGGUUUGAUUUCUGCUGUUUUUAAUUUGCUGCCUGCCUGCACCCAUUUUAUUCUGCUUUUUAAGGGAAUUAUUAAUCACACCCUGAUCGGUAGGACGGACAGAUUUUGUGCAGGUGUUGCUGGUAAAAUAUGUGUAUUUUCAUGGUAAAUAUCUAAGGAGGGAGUGUAAUUUCAGAGAUGGUAUUAUUAUUAUUAUUGCGUAAUGAAUAAUUGCUGACACGGUUAUUACUGCCUGCAUUAUGGAUUUAUUAUUGUAAAACACUCAUUGAGAUUUAUGUAUCUGCGUCUUUUGUGUGGGCAAUUAGCAGCCUUGUUCGAACCUCUUCUUCUUCGAGAGGAUGAAGGAGAUUAAUUAGUUUUUCGUGAAUAUCUGUACAUAUGUAAAAGUGGUGGUGGGAGAACGAGUCAUGAUUUUUGUCAGAAAAUGUAAGAUUUCUUAGGAUUAGUGAGGGGGAAAAAUCUGUAAAAAAAUGGUUGCGGAUCACGUUGCCGAUUAUGAGAGAGGUAUACGAGAUGUGUGUGUGUAGUAUGCAAUUAUGGAGGGAUUGUGGGUGGGUCAAGAGUUGGAUGUGUGUCCGAAAAAUUAAGCACUUAAUUGUUGUGAUGGGCAUAAUUGUAGUUUAUCAAUUCGUUUGCAUACAUAUUUAAAUGUGGCAGUAUUUUUACAGAAAUAUUUAGUAUGUACAUACCCAAUGAUUGUUUUUCUAAAAAGAACAAAGCCACUAGUUGACAUGAUUUAAUAUUAUUUUGUAUUUUCUAACAAACUUAAUUUAAUGGUGCAACUUAACGUAAUCAGUUAAAAGUUAACUGAUUUCCAGUUUGCUUUGCAUAUUUCGGUACAAAAUUUGCAUGCAUGCAAAUGAAUUCAGUUCGUCAUUCCGUGCCUGGUUUGGUUUUACCAAUAUUUUACAGAUAUUUUUGUUUUCAAAUGAACUUUCCUUCUUCGCCUGUUGUGUGUAAACGUUAAAUGGAAAUGUGGAGAUGAUUUGAGUAAUAAUUUCUUAUUUAAAUAAUUGUAUGUAGCAUCGUCGAGAGAAAGGGAAAUGGCGAUGGAAAUACCAACUUAGAAAAAUAAAUUAUGACGCAUUAUGACAAUAUUUUAAGACAUUAAAAUCAGGUCGAAAGUUUCUCUUAUUCAUUACUUUGCGAUGUCAUUUUCAUAACCAUCUACUGACAUCAGCAGCUUUAAUUACGGUUAACAGAGUGAGGAGAUUUUACGCACAAAUCUUUGCUCACGGUUUUCCAAUUCGAAAAUUCUCCACAUUUAUUCGUACAUAGAAGAGAUCAGAAUGGGGUCACGAUUAUUUUUGGGGGGAGUGAUUUGUGUCCUGCUUGUGGGAGUGGAUGGCAUUUUACGUGGAGGAAGUAGUGGCGUUGCGGUGUCGCCGUUAUCAGAAAAUCCGGCAGUAAAACCGUCACAACCAGGACAAGGAGACCCCCUGGAAAUCCGGCAGGGUACCGGACAGCAGAAUAUUAUUGAUAAUACUCCCUCACGACAACUUAUCCCUCCCUUAAUACAAUUUGGAGGUGGAGGUGGAGCUUCCACUCCUGUGACAGGAAAUAACCCUGAAUUUCAGCCCCAAAUUCCCCCACAGCCUCAACCACGUCCCCAACCUGUCUCAAUUCCAAACCGACCAUUGAUCUCGAUCGGAGGAGAAAUGGUCGAACUUCUCCCACCGGUCGAAAUCCCGCCAGAAUUUCCCAUCGAUGGCGAUAACCUUGGAGGAGGAAUGUCAUCAUUUGGCCAGGAUUCGUCAUCCUUCUCUGUUAAUCAGUUUCAGUCUGGAGGAGGAGGAGGAGCGUCAUCAGGGUCAAAUAUUGUCGUGGAUGGGGGGCAACAACAAGUAAAUAGUUUCAACUUUGACCCCGAAGUGACCCGACGACCACCACCAACAAAAACAACUCAUGACCCAGGUCUGGACUGUUUGGGAAGUUGCAAUUGUCCAGGGGAUUUUAAUUUCGUUUGCGGGUCGAAUCGCUUUCUCUACCAGAAUGAGUGCGCUCUCGUUUGUGAUAAGAAAUGCCAUCCAGAUCUGGUAAAAGUGAGCAUGACGCAUUGUUCGAGAAGAAAGUAAAUGAGCAGACAGAUCAAAUCAAAUCAAGGUCGACUUAUAUAUUGAUUUAAUUACUUGUAUAUAUAAUUUAGCACACCAAAUAUCUGUAAUAAAUUUUUCUUUUCCGAAAA